AGUUGAAUUUGACAUGCUUAAGUAUUAAAUUUAAGUUAUUUUUGUCUGAUUACAUUCAAUGGAUCCUUAAUUAGUGGCCCAAAGCUAGUCGAAGGUUUUGUUAAUCUAGAUCAUCUUGUUCAUUGAAGGACUGAUUCCUUAGUUUGGCUUUUGAAGGUUUGAAAUUUCAUAUCCUCCAGGCUUCACAGAUUGCAUACACCCUUUUUUCUGUCAAGCAAACAUGGCUGCUGAUUCUGAAGGAAUGGGUGUUGUGAUUAUGGGGGUCAGUGGUGCCGGUAAAUCAACAAUAGGUGAGAUGUUGGCAAAAGCAGUAAAUUGCAGCUUCCUUGAUGCCGAUGAUUUCCACCCACAAUCAAACAAAGAAAAGAUGCAUAAAGGAAUCCCAUUAUCAGACGAAGACCGAAUUCCAUGGCUUAAUUUGCUUCAGGAUGCCUUAAGAGCUAGCUUAGUCAGUCGAAAAACCAUGAUUCUUGGAUGUUCAGCGUUGCAGAAACAGUACAGAGAAAUUCUCAGAUCUGCUGACCCCAAUUAUGUACCGGGGAGCUAUUUUUGUGUGAUGAAGUUUGUUUUGUUGGAUGCUGGGGCUGAGGUGCUUGCUGCUAGGCUGCAGAAAAGAGCAGAAGAGGGAAAUCAUUUCAUGCCUGCUAAGCUGCUGCAAUCUCAAAUAGAUUUGCUGCAGAUUGAUGAAUCAGAGGGCAUAGUCAAAGUUGAUGCCACAAUAAGCCCACUGGCAAUUGUCGACACCAUAAAAGCUCUAUUUUUCGACAUCUAUAGCCAUCGCUGAACAAGCGACGAAUCAGAAGGUAUAGUCAAGUGAUUGUUAAAUGGAGAUUGCACGAGUACUGUUAUUGUUGUACUAUUAUUAUUAUUGCCUGAACUUAUUCUUGUCCCUAAGGAUUACAACGGUGUCUGUGAUUGUUUGAACGGGUGGAAUGUGUUGUUGUGGAAUAAUUGUCACUUUUGAUGCUAUGUUACAUGAAUUUAUAGUA